AUUGUUAGGCUUUUCAAACUUUUCAAAAGAUUUUCUAUUUUAUUCUAUUAUUUUAAUUUUCCAAAUUUUAGGGCCGUUCCCGAAGUUGUGUUCAGCAGCAAGCACUGGAGGACAGUCGACAUCUGAACAGUCUUCUAUCUGUAGAAUUUGAGAAGGAAAAUGAGGGAUGAGCUGCAGCAAGGACAGGGAAGAGGAAGCUGGAGGAGAUACUGAGUGCUGAGAUGUUUUAGCAGACAGACAUCAAUGGAAGCCCUUAUACACUUGGGCAUUGGUCUCCCCACAUUACCCUUCAACAACAAUCCAACAAGAAAGCCGUCCAAGCCCAGCCCCCGCGGCAGUCGCACCACCUGCUCCGCCAGCAAAUGGGCCGAUCGCCUUCUCGCCGACUUCCAUUUCCUUCCCACCACCACCGCAUCCGACGGCUCGGAUGACCCCCACCAUCGCCCUUCUUCCUCAACCACCACCGCCACUCUCACACCUCUCCCGCCUCCCCCUCUCGCGCCUCCUGAUCGCCACGUCUCCAUGCCCAUCGACUUCUACCAGGUUUUAGGCGCCGAAAGCCACUUCCUCGGAGACGGCAUUAGAAGAGCAUACGAGGCUAGGGUUUCGAAACCACCUCAGUACGGCUACACCCAAGAAGCCUUAAUUAGCAGGCGACAGAUUCUUCAAGCGGCCUGCGAGACCUUAGCAAACCCUAGGUCAAGAAGAGAAUACAAUGGAGGACUGGCCGAGGACGGACAUGAAACCAUACUCACUGAUGUUCCCUGGGACAAGGUGCCUGGAGCUUUGUGUGUCUUGCAAGAAGCUGGAGAGACCGAGGCAGUUCUUCAAAUUGGAGAGAGUUUGCUUAGAGAAAGGCUUCCGAAGUCAUUCAAGCAAGAUGUUGUUUUGGCAAUGGCAUUGGCUUAUGUGGACAUAUCUAGGGAUGUAAUGGCAUUGUCUCCGCCUGAUUUUAUUAUUGGCUGUGAGGUGCUGGAGAGGGCUUUAAAGCUGUUGCAGGAAGAAGGAGCAAGCAGUCUUGCACCAGAUUUACAAUCACAGAUUGAUGAAACAUUGGAAGAGAUCACCCCACGUUGCGUUCUUGAGCUUUUGGCUUUGCCCCUUGGUGAUGAGUACAGGAAAAGAAGGGAAGAAGGCCUUCAAGGUGUGCGCAACAUUUUGUGGGCCGUUGGAGGAGGGGGUGCUGCUGCCAUUGCUGGGGGGUUUACCCGUGAGGAUUUUAUGAAUGAGGCCUUCUUACGGAUGACAGCAGCAGAGCAGGUUGAUCUAUUUGCUGCCACACCAAGUAAUAUUCCAGCUGAAAGUUUUGAAGUUUAUGGAGUUGCAGUUGCACUUGUUGCUCAAGCCUUUGUGGGUAAAAAACCUCAUCUCAUUCAAGAUGCUGAUAACCUGUUCCAACAACUUCAGCAGAUUAAGGUAACGGCUCCAAGGAAUGAUGUCUCUGUUUAUCCUGUCAGAGAGAGCUGUGAAAUAGACUUUGCUUUGGAGAGGGGUCUUUGUUCUCUGCUUGUAGGAGAGCUUGAUGAUUGCCGCACUUGGUUGGGCUUAGACAGUGACAACUCAGUGUAUAAAGAUCCAUCUAUUGUUGAUUUUAUUUUGGAGAAUUCCAAAGACGACAAGGAAAAUGAGUGCCUUCAUGGGCUUUGUAAACUGUUGGAGACCUGGUUGAUGGAAGUGGUUUUUCCCAGAUUUAGAGAUACUAAAGACAUACAGUUAAAGCUUGGGGAUUACUAUGAUGAUCCUACAGUUUUGAGAUACUUAGAAAGGUUAGACGGAGUUGGUGGUUCUCCCUUGGCAGCAGCAGCAGCCAUAGUGAGAAUUGGGGCUGACGCAACUACAGUGCUUGAUAGUGUAAAGGCUAGUGCAAUUCAGGCACUGCAGAAAGUGUUUCCUGUUAGCCACCAGGGUGAAAACAUGAAACGCCAAGAAGAAGAUCAGAUGAACAACUCUGCUAUUGUCAUAGAAAGUGAGGUGCCUGUGGAGAAAGGCAAUCAAGUUGAUUCUGCCAAAGUGGCUGAGAUUUCUGGAACAAAUGUUUCCCAUCAGUUAUCUGACCAAGAAUUGAUUACUGACAAAAUUAAAGAUACUAGUGUGAAGAUCAUGUGUGCUGGGGUUGUUGUUGGACUACUGACUUUGGUUGGCUUAAAGUAUCUACAAACUAGAAAUGGCUCAUCUGUUAUACAUAAAGAUAUUGGUUCAGCAAUGGCAUCUGAUGUCGUAAAUGUCGGAUCUUCGGUAAUUGAGAAAUCUGAGGAGAUUCCUAGAAUGGAUGCAAGGUUGGCUGAAAGUCUGGUUCGCAGGUGGCAGAACAUUAAAUCAGACGCUCUUGGACCCAAUCAUUGCCUUGUAAAAUUGCCAGAGGUUUUGGACGGUCAGAUGUUGAAAAUAUGGGCAGAUCGUGCAAAUGAGAUUGCACAACACGGUUGGUUUUGGGACUACACAUUGUUAAACCUGACUAUUGACAGCGUAACUGUGUCGUUGGAUGGUCAGCGUGCCAUGGUGGAAGCAACUCUUGAAGAGUCUGCCCACCUAACAGAUGUGAUUCAUCCAGAGCACAAUGACUCAUACAGCACGACUUACACGACAAGGUAUGAGAUGUCAUAUUCUGAUUCAGGAUGGAAAAUCAUGGAAGGAGCUGUGCUCAGAUCAUAAUUAGGCGCGUGAAAAUAAUGCUCUCAUGUAAAUUCCAUAGCCUCCCACCCCCACCCCACCCCUCUUUUCUCCAAAAAAAAAAUAAGACUCUUUCUCUCUCUUUCUCUGUUUUCUUUCACAUGUAUAAGUAGGUUGUAGUGAGCCUGGAGGCUUUCACUGUCUUGAGCAUAUACUGAUAUAUUAUUUCCUUCAGCAUCUGGGCAACUAACCCAGAAAUAGCAUAAGAAAAUUUUGAUUUCCAA